AUGUCAGGCACAGAAACACUAAUAGAAACAGCAGACACAAUGAACGGACAAACAGAAAUAGACAAUAAAACUAUAUCAAAACCCAAUUUACUUCAUAAAAAAGUAUCAUCUGAUUCUGAAACAUCUAAUAUUUCUUUUAAGGCUUGUGGCUUACAUUCAUGGCUGAUUGAAACGUUAGAAAAAAUUGCUAUUACAAAACCAACAGCUAUCCAAGCAGCAUGUAUUACACCUAUUUUAGAAGGAAAAAACUGCAUAGGAAAUGCCAAAACAGGCUCGGGAAAAACUAUGGCAUUUGCAUUACCAAUAGUCCAAAAAUUAACUCAAGAUCCAUAUGGAGUAUUUGCUCUAAUAUUAACACCUACAAGAGAAUUAGCCCUACAAAUUUCAGAUCAAUUAGCAAUUUUAGGAACUUCUGUAGAUCUAAAACAAGCUACAAUUGUUGGCGGUAUGGAUAUGAUGACACAAGCAUUAACUUUAGUAAAACGACCACAUAUUAUUAUUGCGACACCUGGACGUCUUGCUGAUCAUAUAAGAAGCAGUGGACAGGAAACCAUAGAUGCCUUUAAAAGAGUUCGUUUUUUGGUGCUAGACGAAGCUGAUAGACUUUUGAGCCCGGGAUUUUCUAAAGACAUACAAAAAUGUAUAGAAAUUUUACCAGAAGCAAACAAUCGUCAAACAUUAUUAUUUACAGCAACUAUUACUGAUUCAAUAAAAAAUUUGAAAAUUCAAUCCUCAAAACCAGGAAAAAAACCAUUAUUUUUAUAUAAUAUCACAGAAUCACCCAUUGCAGUUCCUUCAUCUCUUAUUCAGACAUAUAUAUUUAUCCCUUCAUAUGUAAAAGAAGCAUAUCUUUAUCGUAUUUUUAACACACAAGAAUACAAGGAAAAAUCAAUAAUUAUUUUUACAAAUAGAACCAGAACAACCGAAUUACUUUGUAGAAUGUUUCGUAUACUGGAUUUUAAAGUUACAGCAUUACAUUCUGAAAUGCCACAAAAAGAAAGAACUCAAUCUCUUAGAAAAUUCAAAGAAGAAGCAAGCAAAAUUCUAAUCGCUACAGACAUUGUGAGUCGAGGUUUAGACAUUCCAUUCGUUGAACUUGUUAUAAAUUACGAUGUUCCUAAAGACCCUGAUGAUUAUAUUCAUAGAGUAGGAAGAACAGCUCGUGCUGGAAAAUCGGGAGAAAGUAUUACUCUUGUUUCUCAAAGAGAUAUUUUACUAAUUCAAGCAAUUGAAAAACGUAUUAAUGCUAAAAUGGAAAAAAACCCACAUGUUAGCGAUUUUAAAGUAGCCCAGGAAUUAAAUACAAUAUCUGCUGCUAGAAUAGAAGCAGAAAUGAGUAUGACUAAUUUUGGUCAACUGAAGGAAAAUAAUAAACGUAAACUUGAGAAUCUUAAAGAGUAA